GAUGGCGCCGCAGCACUACCGCUCGGAGAAGUGCAAGCGCCAAUGGUUCUGCAGGAGCUGCGUCGGGCCCAAGGGCCCCCCGUGGUUCAACUACGCAGAUGCGACGUCCUGCACCAUGUGCAAGCUGGGCAAGGGGCCUGGGAGGUCGUUCUCGGCAUGGGCAGACUCUGCGCAGGUGCAGAAGCUCAAGCAGGAGUUGGCUUCAACCCAGGCGAAGCUCAAGCGUCUCGACGGCCAUGGCCCCGCCUCGGAGGAGACGGAAUUACCCAGCGGCAGCAGGCGGGACAAGCAGCGGCUGCAGGUUCUGGCCGAUUUGCUCAAGACCGUCAGCGGCAGCGAGGACGUCCAUCUCGCGCGGCCCAAGGAGCCCUACACCAAGGAGCAGGGCGAGCACAAGGCCAAGUUGGCAGCCGCGCGCCCGCUGGGCCAAAGGCUGCGAGACCUUGGGGCUCAGAUCUCCAAGCACCAGAAGCUGCAGGAUGACCAGAAGCGGCGGCUCGCUGGCAUCCACGAGAAGCUCGCGGCGUUGCAGGAGCAGGAGAAGGCGGCGCAAGCCCAGUGCACGGCCCCGGCCCUGCAAAUGGAGGAGUUGCAGGAGCACCAGCGGCAGCUGCAGAGCGAGGCCCCUCUGCCCCCGUCUUUCGAGCCUGGGAAGGGACUUGUCGACGAGCCGAUCAAGGGGCUGGGCCAGACUCUGCCAGGCCUCGGCGAGGUUUUGGGCGCCCUCGGCGCCGAGCACAGCUUGGCGGAGAGGCUCAAGGAGGACCUCGAACGGCUCAUGCAGGUGGCGGAGGAGGCGCGCGCCAAGCAGCCGGAGGAGCGAGAGGCCAACGCCGCAGCCGAGGCGGGGCGGCAGCGGGCCGAAGGCGCGGCCGAGGUGCCCGCACCCAUGGACCAGGAUGACGAAGCCGCCCUCAGCGAAGAGCUCAUCGAGGAGAUGGCCAACGCUGGCGGCGACAAGAGGAAGAUCGAAGAGAUUCUGGCCAAGCAUUGGUGCAAGCGGCGCAAGGCUGCCGCGGAGUAG